AUGAACUAUCUGUUCCUCAGCAACCUCGACUCGGACGUGUCCAAGACGUUCCGGGAGAACGCCAUCGGGAUAUCUCGUGCCCGAUGUUUCCCCCAACACCAUCUGCGGCCUACAAAACUCUCCACGGUUAGCGGUUCCGUGGCCGCAGUGCAAGAGUACUCGGACAGCCUGGUGCCGCACAUGCACUUCGGCAUGCAGAACAUCAAGAGGCUGGGUCCCGACGGCCUCCUAGCCUCCGACCUCCAGACUCUCGUGACCCAGGUCGACCAAGAGAUCGACGAGAGCUUUGGAGAGCUGCUGGAGUCGGUCGAAACCGACAACGCCAAUUUCGAGACCUUCUCCCUCACUCUUGAGUUCCGGGUCGCCGACGCGGGCAUCAUGGCCGAAGCCCGAUUCGGCCCCCACGUCCCCGACCCCGAGCUUGAUCGCUACUUUACGGCCUUAGCCAACCAUCUCCAUCGUCUCGGCGUUGGGCCUGAGGUGGUGGUUCCUGUAUGCUUUAAGAAAUCCGCUUGGGCUAUUGUGUCCAUGAUGGGUAUUUUGAAGGCGGGCGGUGCUUUCGUGCCGCUUGACGCCGCUCAUCCCCCAGCUCGACUGCUAGAGAUUAUUGGACAAGUCGGAGCUCGGUUGGUGUUGACAUCUAAAGAGGCCCCAGGGCGUUAUUACGCACUACUCUCUUCCCUCUCGACCAACGGGAAAGCCAUGCGCAUGUCAAACCAGACCCGCAUCAUUCAUUUUGCGUCUUACACGUUUGACGCUUGCAUCAUAGAAAUCUUGGGCGCCAUGUACUACGGAGGCUGCAUCUGUAUCCCCUCCGAAGAAGUCAGGAUGGGCAAUCUCGCUCAGGCAAUCACUGGCAUGAGAGCAAACUAG